CUCAAACGAUCUUUCUGGCGAAUGAGCAACUGCCGGUGCGCUGCCCACGCUGAGUACGCCGGCAAAAAUAUUAGUCAAACCGAAUCUAGUCAACCUUGCGUUACCUACCACGUCUGUGUGCGCGUCUUUAGAAAAGUCAGUGUGCAUUUAUAUUUUCAAGUUUCCGGUUAUAGGCCUCUUAUCUUGGUAUCGUAUUCCGCUCGAAAAUGUCAUUUUGGAGCUCCAUAACAGGUCAGACUUGCCGGAACCUUGCCGAUUUCAAAUCGAUAUUUCCAUCACAAACCUGUAGACGCGUAAAUAGUAAUACCUACAUUUCCUCAACUGCUGUGCGAAGAUUAUCGUGGCCUAAAAUCAGCUUAGAAAAAAAAUAAGGUGUAAUUAGACAGCGAUAGACCAUUAAGCGAGGAUGUUUGGCUCUAUAAGAGGUUUUGGGACCAGAGUAAGUGAGCUGUUCAGCAGGAAGAAGAAAGAUGUCGCAAAAGAAGCAGAAGAAACUGGAGAUAAAAUUCAGGAGGCAGCCGAUGAAGGCGUCGAAGCGGCAACCGAAGCAGCAAAAGGAAUAAAGAAUGAUGCCAAAAGUGCAGUACAUGGAUUAGAAACAAAAGGUGACGAAGCGACAGAAUACAUCAACAACGCCGUAACGGAAGCUGCCGAGACAGGCCAGUCAACCAAACACACCAUGCAGGAAAACCUACUGAACGCCGGUAAAGCCAUUGACACUAGACUACACGAAGUUCAAGCUGCCAUACAACAAACAGGCCAAUCUGCCAACCAAAAAUGGAGAGACACCGAAGCUGCCGUGGCCCAAAAAGUGAAAGAAACCGAAGAAGCAGCCGAAGCUAAACGCCGAGCUCUAUCAGAAGGUGUACACAACAUCGAGAACAAACUGAAGGAAACCGGCACCGCCAUCCAAAACGGAGCCAGAGCAGCUGCCGAUGCAGUCGAAGCUAAGCGCGCAGCUGCAGCCGACAGCGUUCAAAACGCAGCUCACAAUGUCCACCAGAAGCUCACAGACACCGGUGACUUCUUAGGAGACAAAGCAAGAGAAGCUGCCAAAUCCGCUGACGCUAAGAAGCACGAGAUAGGCGAAGGAGUUCAUAACCUAGCAACAAACAUCGACAGCAAACUCCACGAAACAUUCGAACAAGCCGAAGCUAAGAAAAAAUCCAUGAUGGAAGGGGUACAGAAUAUUUCUCACAACAUCGGCUCGAAGGUACACGAAACAGCCGAAGCUACCGAAGCUAAAAGAAAAGAACUCGCAGAAGAUGCCCAAAACCUAGCUGAGGAUACUAAAAAGAAUAUCGAGGACAAGCUGCGAGAGACCGCUGAGGCAGCUGAGGCCAACAAAAAAGCAAUCAACGAAAGCCUGCAAAACGCCGCUAAAAACGCCGACAACAAGCUACAAGAGACCAUCGAAGCAGCAGAAGCUAAACGUAGAAACGCCCAAAACCUAGCUGAAAACACCGCUAAAAACAUCGACAACAAGCUGCGAGAAACAGCAGAAGCUGCCGAAGCUAAGAGACGAGAGCUAGCUGUAGAUGCACAAAACCUAGCUGAAGGCACAGUCAGAAACAUUGCAGAUACAGCUGAAGCUAAGAAAAAAGCACUAGCCGAAGGUCUGCAGAAUACGACUAGGAAUGUCGACGAGAAACUUCAAGAGACCGCGGAGGCAGCUGAAGCUAAAAGGAGGGAUCUAGCUGCAGGCGCCCAAAACCUAGCUGAAAACACCGCUAGAAACAUCGAUAAUAAGCUGCGAGAGACAGCAGAAGCAGCCGAAGCUAAGAGAAGAGAGCUAGCAGCAGAUGCGCAGAACUUAGCUGAAAGCACUGCCAGGAAAAUCGCAGAGACAGCUGAAGCUAAGAAGAAGGCUAUAGCAGAAAGUCUGCAGAAUACAGCUAGGAAUGUGGACGAUAAGCUGCAUGAGACCGCCGAGGCAGCUGAAGCUAAGAAAAGGACGAUGACUGAGAGUCUAGAAAACGCUACUAAAAGUGUCGAGGGCAAGCUGCAAGAGACCGUCGAUGCAGCUGAAGCUAAGAAAAGGGCAAUGACUGAAGGAUUGCAGAACACUGCUGGAAACCUAGAUAGGCAGUUUCAUGAAUCAGCAGAGGCAGCAGAAGCCAAAAGAAAGGAGCUUUCUGAAAGAUUACACACACUUACCAAUGAUACAGCUCAGGCAGCUGAAGCAAAAAAAGAUCAGUUGGCGCAAAAUGUGCAACACCUGAGCAACACAGCUGGAGAUAAACUAAGGAGCACACAGGAUGCUCUCAGCACUGGUGUUCACAAUAUUGGAAUAGUUGCCGAUGACAAGUUGAGGGAAGCUAGUCAUAAGAUCGUUAACCAGGUUCAACAAGGAGGUGACACUGUCGAAAAUGCUUAUCAGAACGCCAAAAAGAAUACCAAUGAUUUUGCCAAUCAACAGAAACAAAACUUACAGAGUGGAGCACAAAAAGUUGAACAAGGCGUGGACAACAAAGUGACAGAAUCUAAAAAUUUAGUUAGCAAGGCCGCCGAAAAGACUUCAGAAUUCGCCGGUGACAGGAAAGACGAUAUCAAGGAAGGCCUACAGGGAAUUAAGAAAAAAGCACAAGACAUGCUGGGUUAGAUGCAAUCGCUGACCUGUUCUGAUAUUGAUGUGAGUAUUUAUACCAGAUUUUUUUAUGCUACCUACUUGGAGCUAUUUGCAGUGUGAAUAUCUCAACGAUCAUGUCAAUCAAAUAUAAGUCAAAAUUUAGUGAUUUUAUUAUCUUUGUUGAAAGUCCCUAUAUUUAUGUGGCCUGUUUCUGAUGUCUGUGAAAGUGUGAAAUGCCUUCAAAGAAUGGUUAUUAUUUAUGCUUCCUGUAGCAUGAAACCUAAAGGCACAAGUGAUAUAUAACUUGAGUUUACAUACUUAUUAUGUACAUAAGAGAAUUGACAUGUUCAGUCUGAAAUGCUUGAUGGAUGUUUAUUUUUCGUUUUCAGUUUUUUUUUCAUUAGGUAGUUAUCAAGUGAGUUCAAAAUAGGAGAGACUAUAUAUUUAUAUUAUAGAGUUGUCAUCAAUCAAUCUCACUGAUACAUAUAUAGCGAGGUACCUAUAUGCCUAUAGUAUGGUAUUAGAACUAUACUAAAAACAGAUUCUUUAUUUUUUAAAUACACCUUAUUGUCACCUUAUUAUUAGGAUUUCUGGAUUUGAAAUGUUUAUUAAGUCGGUAUUGAUAUACCUCUAUACUACCCCAAAAAGCAAAAUAACUUCACAUUAAUUAAAUGAAUUUUGUUUGAAGAUAAACUGACAUAUAAGGCAAGGAAAGACAUCUGUAUUUAUACUAUAAAAACCCUGGGUUGAACCUCUAGGUGGGUGAAAGUUGUGGAAAGAAUAUUGCUUUUGUGUUUGUGUGAUAUAACUGAUAUACAUAUAGAUAGUCCUGCCGGUCUACCUAUAGUUAUGUGUAAUUGAGUGUAGACCUGUAUAUAUAUAGAUGACUAACAUUAUGUCAGAUAGGUAUAGGUAUUAUAAUUAUGAUAUUGAGAUUUAUAAUCAUACUUUCAUUGAUAACCAAAUUCAUGAUUAUUUGUUUUCAAAGGUGCAAUGAAGCUAUUUUGCUACUUUUUUUUUUCCUGAUUCCAUGACAGAACCUUUUUGUAAAAAUAUUUUGUACCUAUGAUGAUGUUUAUAACAGUGUUUGCAAAUAAAUAUUCUAUCUUGUU